CUUGGGCUAAGUCCCUGUGGGCCACGGUCGGUCAUGCCCGGAUUUGGGGUGUGACAAAAGUCAUCCAAAGUAUACUAAUUUUUUUUACCUCAUAUUUUAGCCAAAAAGUUUAAAGUUGCUAAAAUAGCCAGUUUCCUAACGCCGAUUGAAAAAAAAUAUAUUUUAGUUAUUAAACUCAAUAAAAAAUAGUAUUUUAGACAAUUUAUGGACAACCACAUUGAGUUUAUACGAUAUAGUUAUCGGUUCUUUUAUUCUUCUUAUUUAUUUAUUUAUUUACGUGCUUGUGAAUUAUUUUUAAACAAAUUUUCUCUAUUGUGGAUGCCGUGGUUAUGCUGCUGAAAUGCGAAAAAAAGAUACGAGUCUUUGUUUGCCAUUUGCUUUCAAUGGAAACCAUAAAAAUUUGGUGGCACUUCGUCGUCUACAUGAUACCAAGUCCAAAUGGCGGGGUGAUGUCGAAGAAGAAAAGAAAGAUGAAGCCGAGCAUGCAACCAUCAUUGACAGACUUGGAUCACAAAGUAGUGGAUUGGGAACACUGAUUUGUGCUGAAGAUGGUAAUAAGAGAAUUGAAUCAAUGGUCUGUGAUGCCUCCAAGAUAGCUAGUACAAUUAAUGAGGAGAAAAAAGAGCAUGAUAAUCUCUUAUUUGAAAGUGAUGACUUCUUGGCUAAGAAUAGUCAUCAUGAUCAACGCUAUGUGAAUAACUUGAGUGGUUUGAUACGCCAAAAGACUCGAAAAGUACGUUCGCUGAAUGAGUUGUUGGAAGAUCAUAGCACCCGAACUAAAACUGGACCUUCUAGUGUACUGCCUGGUAUUAAAGGAAAAAGAAAGAUCCCUUAUGACAAGAAGGAUUGGAAGCCUUUGAGGUUUAUUAGUCCAAGCAGCAAACUGACAAAAACAACCCAGGUUUUCAAGGCAGAUGUGAGCGUUGCUGUUACUGAUUCUAAAUCACAACAAGAUGCAUAUGCUAGAGUUGAUUCGCGAGCCAGUCUAAAAAAUCAAUGGAAUCAACAUAUAAUUAAUAGAAAUGCAAUGCUAAGAAAAAUGAAAAACAAGCAAACUCAGUUGGAGAUUGGAUUUCCCCCCUUAACAACCCGACAAGAUGUUGUGCCCAAAACAAAUCAAGUCGAAAUUGGAGAUGGAAGGAAAAAUUAUGUUGCUGCGGUUGAUGGUGGUUUUUCCAAAUCCAUACCAAAUGUAUUUUCCAAGAGAGUAUUUCUUUUCGAUCUCAAUGAGAAAAUGGAUGUCGACAAUGAAAUGGAAAAUCUUGUUCCUCAGGUUGAAAAUUGGAGUUCUUCUCCUCAUCAUCCACAACUGGUAUGUGCAUUUUCCUCUCUAAAAUGCUAUUACUUUCAAAUAUUUUCCAAGCUUAAUGUGUGGUGUAAUUUGUGUUUGUUUACUUUAUUAUUUUUUUGUUGGUUAGACUAAGAUUUAUGAUCUUGUCAAGUUGGUAGCAAUGGUUCUCACACC